AUGGAAGAAAGCAACUCUUUUUUGGAAAAAGAAGAAGACUUGGCGGCGGAAGAUGCAGACAUUUCGUUCCUCUGCCGCUAUCGGCGGCAGUUCCAGAGCCUGGCGGCCGAGAUGGAACACCUCCGAUCUUCGGACUUGCGCCGAAAAAAAGAAGAACUGAAACUCAUUUCGGAAAUAAAUGAAUUAAAACGCAAAAUAAAUGAAGAUGGAGUUCAAAAACGAGCAGCUUCGGCGUUUGCUGCGCAGCAGCAGGAGGCGGCGGCCAGCGGCUGGCGCCGGGACGGCGAGCAGCAGCAGCGGGAAAUCGCGGAGUUGCGGGCCGUCCGCGGGGCCCUGCAGCAGGCGCUCGAAGCCGCGCAGCAGCAGCUCGCAGCAGCAGAAGUCCAACUCUUUUCUUUGAAAAGAGAAAACGAAAACUUCCAACUCAAAGAAGACAGAGACAAAGCAGCAGCAGAACUGCUGCAGCAAAUUGCCCACGGCCAGGCCAGCCUCGCGGACCAGUGUCGAGGCUUGAAGAAGGCGCUGCAGCGUGAGCUCUCCCGCUGCUGCUGCUGCUGCUGCUGCUGCUGCAGGUGUUUGCUGCUGCUGCAGGUGUUCGCUGCUGCUGCAGGUGUUCGCUGCUGCUGCUGCAAUGCUGCUGCUGCUGCUGCUGCUGCUGCUGCUGCUGCUGCUGCAGGUGUUCGUUUGGGUGUCUUUGAGCGGGGAAGCAGUUGA